AUGAUAGGCAGGGUCGACGUGCGGGUGGGGGUUGCUCGUGUGGGUGGAAAGGACGUGAAGAAGGACGGGAGGAGUCCCCAAGCCCCCGAGUCAGUUCCCCAUGCGGACAAUAUCGUCUGCCAGUCGGAGUGGGUGGCUGUCAAGAUAUACAAGCCGCUCGUCCGUUGUGAGCUUCGUUACCUGGAGUAUUUAAAGCGGGAGGCGGUCAACCAACGUCGCCUGAACCACGAACAUGUCAUCGGCUUCAAAGAGGUGGGCCUUACAACCGACCAACGGCUUUACCUGACAUUAGAGUAUGCGGACAGCGGGAGUUUGAAGCAAUGGCUGGCGGCACAGCCAGGUCACCGGCUACCGGAGGCGACGGCACGGUGGUUCGCACAGCAGUUGGUGUACGGCCUGUCGUACUGCCACGCGCACGGGGUGUACAACAGGGACAUCAAGCCCGCCAAUCUGCUCCUGCACAGCAAUAAGGAUAGCCCGCAACCCCUGGAGCCCCCCUUGCUCAAGGUAUUGGGUAUUGGGAUGGUGGCCGACUUUGGUUUGUGCAAGAGCAGCGCGGACUCGGUGCCCAAAUCACAAGUAGGCUCCCCGCAUUACAUGGCGCCCGCCCCGCCAGAGGUCUUUUCUGGGAAGCCGUAUGACGGUCGCAAAGCCGAUGUGUUCUCUUGUGGCGUGGUGAUCUUCCAGAUGGUCUUCGGUGUGCUGCCCUUCAGUCGAACACUUGACGGUCGAAACCUGGACUUCAAUCGCAAUUUCCGGGAAAUACACGACAACAUGAAAAACGAGGUCUGGAAGAAGCUCCUUCCUGCCUCUUCCCCCACGAUCACGAUGGUCACCGCCCCCACCAACAGAACAGAGGCCAUGGCACCCUCAUCACCAUUGGCGGUGACGGUGAUGGCAACAGCAGCAACAGCGAGUGCUGGGCUGCUGGACCUGCUGUACGGCAUGUUGCGGUACGACCCUGAUCGGCGACCGACGCUUCUGGAAGUCAUCCAGCACGCCUGGUACCGCGAGGGCCUCCCGGACUCGAUGUACGAGUUCGUGUUGGCGGGGGGAGCAGGAGCAGAUCAGAGACCACCCCCGGCUAGCUCUCAGAGUGUGGAGCUCAUAGAGGUGGAGUUCUCGCGGAUCAUGGAACACUGCGCCGCCUGUCAACAUGUGGUGGCGGCACGGCAGCAGCACCAACAAGAGGCAGAGGGUGUCAGAGAGGACUGCAGCGAAGGGCAGGAGGAGGAGGAGGAGGACAGCGAGGGGGUGGAAGAUUUGUAG